AUGCCUAUUCGGCUCUGGCUCGCUCUGAUUGACAUUCUCGGCCACUUCAUCUCACUCGCGUCAUCCUGCGCCAACUUCAGUUCCAGGAUACCACCACUACCGCACUGCCAAAUAGAGAGAGGUAUGUGCUCCAUAUUCGCUGCACCAGUUAAAGCUUUUCAAAGGUGA